UUAUAAAUAAUAAUAAUAAAUUUAGUCAAACGCACAUCGCUUCUGGUCGUCUUCCUGCCUCCCUCUCCUCCUCCUCCUCCUCCUCGCCGACCUUCUCCUCUCGCCAUUCCCUCGCCGAAUCACCGCCCAAAUCCACCGAAGCGACCCCUCUUCUCCGUGCCGUGCUCGUCGAGCAACCCGGAGCUCUCCGUGGAAAGAUUCCGACGAGCAGGCCGCGGUCGCCCCCCUCGUCUGCGAUUCUCCCGCCGUAUCGCCGCGGCCAGCGGCCAGCGGCCUGAAUCUCGAGGCCGAGCAGCUCUCGGCGCGUAUAGCGCCGGCCUAGGCUCCUCCGCGAGUAGGCGGCCCGAAUCCGCUGCUGGAGGGAGCUCGCGCUUCCGGAUAAGAUCGGUGCGGGGAUUGGAGGGGCUCGCUGGUGAGUAGGGCGGGGCCAUGGCGCUGUUCCGGAAGUUCUUCUUCAAGAAGCCGCCCGACGGGGUGCUCCUCAUCACGGACAACGUAUACGUCUUCGAUCAUUGCUUCUCCUUGGAUGCGCCGGAAGAGGACCAGUUCGAGGCACACACCAGGGGCAUCGCAGCGCAUCUUCUAGAAGAUUUUCAUGAUCACUCGUUCAUGGUCGCCAACUUCGGGACUCGGACGGAGGAAAGCCGUUUGUACCACAUUUUAUCCGAGUAUGGCAUGACUGUUUUGGACUACCCGGGCCACUACGAGGGGUGUCCAAUUCUCACCAUCGAAAUGGUCCACUGCAUCUUGAAGUCCAGCGAAAGCUGGCUGUCUCUGGGUCAGCAGAACUUACUCAUAAUGCACUGUGAACAAGGAUGCUGGCCUAUUCUGGCUUUCAUGCUAUCUGCUCUUUUGUUGUACCUGGGCCAGUAUUCAGAUGAGCAAAAAACACUGGAUAUGCUAUACAAGCAAUCAUCUGCGGAGUUCUUGGAGAUGUUUUCACCACUAAAUCCCAUGCCUUCUCAAAUUAGAUACUUGCGCUAUAUUUCGAUGAGGAAUGUCAUGCCUGAGUGGCCUCCUGCUGAUAGAGCCCUCACACUGGAUUGUCUGACUUUGAGGAUGCUUCCUGAUUUCCAAGGUCAAGGUGGGUUUUGUCCGAUAUUCAGGAUAUAUGGUCCAGAUCCACUCAUGCCCCAUGACCAGACUCCCAAAGUUCUUUUUUCAACCCCCAAAACUAGUAAUCUUGUCCGUUUUAAUUCACAGGCAGAUGAAAGGGUGAACAUAAACCUUCAAUGUCAUGUCCAAGGUGACGUUGUCAUAGAGUGUAGCAACUUGUAUGAUGAUCUAGAUCGCGAGGAGAUGGUAUUCCGGAUCAUGUUCAACACCGCUUUCAUCAGGUCAAACAUCUUGAUGCUCAGCCGCGAUGAAAUAGACAUGUUAUGGAAUGCAAAAGAUCAAUUCCCUAAAGAUUUUCGAGCUGAGGUUAUCUUUUCUGACAUGGAUGCAACUACUUCGCUUGUUACGACAGAGCCUUUGACUCAUCAAGAUAAACAAGGACUUGGUGUUGAAGAGUUUGCUAAAGUGCUAGAUAUCUUCAACCAUUUGGACUGGUUGGAUGGGGAUAUGGAUACUGCACUGGACACACCCCAGAAAAGGUUCCAGGUUACUUCCCAAGGAAAUAUUAAUGCAUCUCCUCCUGAUGAGCCUGAAACCUUUUUUGAUACUCAAGAAGUACUUGGCUUUGAUAAUUUCUCUGGUGAAAUCAAGUCUUCUGCUCGUGUGCUGAAGCUUCAGAAUCACUUUGGUAUGCUUGGCAGCACUGAACUUAAACAAGCCCCCCUACAUUCAAGUCCAAUGGAAUCUCCAUCCAAACCACAUACAACAGAUUCAAAUCCUUCACGAACACGGCCUCCUUCCGCAUUGUUUUCACCAUUAGAGGUUACAACGCCAAAGGCUAUUGCUUCAUCAAUAGCAUCAUCUUCAGUUACAGUCACAACCCAACCAAUAUCGUCACCAGAGCCACUGGCAUCUGAUUCUGCUGAGCAAAUUUUAUCAGAGACAUCAGUGACAACAUUUGCAGAGAAGCCUGGUUCACAAACUCCAAUACAGCAUGAAUCUUCACCUCUUAUGGCAACUAAAUCAGGAUCAACAACAUCUUGGAUACCAUCAUGUACACCUCCUCCGCUUCCUCCCCGACCAGCCACUGUUUCAUUAGCUCCUGUUUCCCCUACUUUACCCAUAAAUACUAGUAAAAGUAUGAUCAGUGUUUCCCUUAAAUCAACCAUGCCCUCCCCUUCACCUCCUCCAGAGCCAUCAACCUUUCCAGAAGCUUUUGCAACUAAACAACAGGUUGAAUCACAAGAAUCUUCUUAUGAGAUUCUCAAGUCACUGCCUGAUAAUUCUACAGCUUCAGCUUCUUCAGUUUGUAUAGUAAAGGAAGCUAGCAAUCCCAAAGCAUCUUCACCGGUGACUUUGCCUGCAAUUCCUCUGACUUCAGACUCAGGGCCCUUAGUAACUCCAGUCACAAGGUCAGAUCCUACCCCAGCAUCGUCGGUGCCACCACCACCACCACCACCACCACCUCCUCCUCCUCCUGUAAAAGCAGCCACUGUGUUAUUUCCUUUGUUACAUAAUGAACAGGAGAAAAGCAGGAAAGAAAAGGUUGCACCACCUCAGCCUCCACCUCCGCCGCCUCCACCACCUCCUCCAGCACUGCCACGAGCACCUGUUGCAAAUUAUACAAAGUUGUGUACUGCAUAUGAAAUUUCUUCCCCACCAAAGAAAGUUCGAUCUUCACCACCCCCGCCACCACCUCCCUCAUUGGUAAAAUCAUCAUUUUCUCCUCCACGUGCACCGCCGCCACCACCCCCGCCUCCUCCACUACCUAAUAACCAUGUAACUUCAUCAUCUCAUAUGCAAUUUGCUGACAAAAAGGUUAGUUCAGCAUCAAAGUACGCGGUUCCCUCACCUUUGAGCCACAAGGUUUCACAAACAGUUCCAAAGCUGCAAGCACCACCCAUUCCACCGCCACCUCCACCUCCACCUCCACCCCGAAGUAGCUCUUUGGUUUCUUCAUCUCCAUCCACAAGUGGUAGACAUUUCAUGGCUGCCCCUCAUCCUCCCCCACCUCCUCCACCAUUACAUACCAUGUCAUCUCAUGCAUCGGCACCACCUGUACCCCCGCUACUCGUGGCUGCCCCUCAUCCUCCCCCACCUCCCCCACCAUUGCAUACCAUGUCAUCUCGUGUAUCAGCACCACCUGCACCCCCAUUACCUCCUCCGAAGCUAGCUGGAGACAGCAAUGCUUCACAAAAGCCAUCAUUAACCCGACCACCGCCACCUCCACCAGGCCCACCUCCUAAGAAUUCCUCAAACUCUUUGCCAAGCAAGGGAACCGUCGUCAGUGGUGCCCCUCCGCCACCUCCUACAUCACCAUUUGGUGCAAAGGGCCGCAGCGCAGUCCGGUCAAGAAGCCCUAGAGGUUUGCGUGCCAAUCAGUCAUCCAAGAAGACACCUUUGAAGCCAUUACACUGGGUAAAAGUGGCAAGACCAACACAGGGAAGCUUAUGGGCAGAUACACAGAAGUCUGAUGAAGCAUCUAGGACUCCGGAGAUUGAUCUGUCUGAGCUGGAAAGUCUUUUCUCAGUAUCCAUGCCAAGUACGGAGGCAAAACGGACACGCCAACGUCCUUCUGUUCCAUCAAAACCAGAAAAAGUUCACUUGAUUGACCUCCAGCGUUCAAAGAAUUGUGAAAUUAUGCUGCGAAACAUUAAGAUGCCAUUGCCUGAUCUGAUGGCUUCAGUUCUUACCCUUGAUGAUUCCAUCAUUGAUGGUGAUCAAGUAGAUUAUCUGAUAAAGUUCUGCCCAACAAAGGAAGAAAUGGAACAGCUCAAAGGUUAUACAGGCAGCAAAGAAAAUCUAGGAAAAUGUGAACAGUUCUUCUUGGAAAUGAUGAAAGUGCCAAGGGUGGAGUCAAAACUGAGAAUCUUAUCCUUUAAGAUAAAGUUUCUUACACAGGUUGCAGACGUGAAAAAUAACUUGAAUACCAUUAAUGAUGUUGCUGAAGAGGUACAUUAUAGUCAGUUUAUCUCGAGUCUUCGACUCUUCUUUGACAUGUUAUGUAUACAUUGUUCAUUCAUGAUGUUACUUGGCCAGGUUAGGAACUCUGACAAGCUCAAGCGAGUGAUGCAAACAAUUCUUUCCUUGGGGAAUGCAUUAAACCAAGGAACUGCAAGGGGUUCAGCGGUUGGAUUUAGAUUAGAUAGUCUUCUUAAGCUCAGUGAUAUACGGGCACGCAAUAGUAAGAUGACUCUGAUGCAUUAUUUAUGCAAGGUUCUUGCAGGCAAGCUUCCUGAAGUUCUUGAUUUUGUUAAGGAUCUUGCGCAUUUAGAACCCGCCACAAAGAUCCAAUUGAAAGAUUUGGCGGAAGAAAUGCAAGCGAUAACUAAGGGACUGGAAAAGGUCGAGCAGGAACUGGCAACAUCUGAAAAGGAUGGUCCAGUGUCUGAGACGUUUUACAAGAAACUGAAGGAAUUUCUUGCUAAUGCCCAAGCUGAAGGGAGGUCAUUAGCUUCGCUUUACAGUACAGCGGGAAAAAGCGCGGAUUCUCUAGCACAUUAUUUUGGUGAAGAUCCUGUGCGAUGUCCAUUCGAGCAAGUUGUCUCCACUCUGCUAAGCUUCAUGAAAACCUUCGAGCGGGCCCACGCCGAGAACCUCAGGCAGGCUGAGGCGGAGAAGAAGAAAGCCCAGAUGGAGGCCGAGAGAGAGAAGGCGAAGGCCGCCGCUGCUCACAAGAAGGCCGGGUCGCCGGAGCCAGGGGUUUCCGGCCGAAGCUAGACAUGACAGAUUUCCACUAAUUUCUUACCAUGUGAAAGUGGAGGCCAGGAAGACAAAGCUCGGUGUAAAAAAAAGGUAAAGAAAAGAAAAGAAAAGUCACAGGCAGUAGUGCAUACCAAUGUGGCAAUGUGAUUGAUAGGUAGACUUGAUAUAGCGACGCAUUUUGCACAUAGCCAUGUAGUUCACCGCUGCUCACUGUCCAUAGGGAAGUAAAAAAGUUCAUACAGUUUUGUACUGUUGCUCACUGUCCAUAGGGAAAGAAGUUCAUACAUACAGUACUACAGUUGUUGUAUAUUUUGGGGGGUUCCCCUGACGACAAACAAAUUUUGUAAAUGGUUCCUUCCAUACGUGAAAAACUACGUGCAUUUCCGCCGUUGUAUGA